AUGGCGCAGGCCAGCAGUCACGUCAUAAUCCAGGACACGGAGCAGCUCCAAAACGAUUACAACAACCUGACUAUGGAAAAAGACCGUCUCAAGAGGAGUUACGCUUCCUUAAUAAAAGAAAACAACCAACUGAAGAGUGACUACAGCAACUUUACUCAAGAAAAAAAGCUCUUACAGACCAGUUUGAGCAAGCUUGCUGAGCAAAAUGAGCUUUUACAACUACGUUAUGACAACCUAACUGAGGAGAGAGGCCAGUUUCAGGAUGGUUAUGACGCCUUAGUCGCAGAGAGAGACCAGUUACAGACCAGCAUCAACAAUCUGACUCAAGCAAAGGACCAGCAACACAUCAGUUAUAAUGCCUUGCUUAAAGAGAGAGAACGGCUUCAGACCAAUAACACAGUUGUGGCCUCUGAGCGAGAGCAGCUCACCACUGCGUUAUACAAUCUGACAAGGAAGAGAGACCAUUUUGAAGCACGUUACACAACCCUGAAAGAGGAAAAAGAUCAGUUACAGAGGGAGCUCGAGGACAUGAAAGUUAAAAUGAGAGACAGGCCUUGUCAGAUAGGCUGGAAGAAGUUUGACACCAACUGUUACUACGUCUCCAAAAUAAAGAGGAGCUGGAACGACAGCAGAAUGGCCUGCAAGGCCAGCGGAGCAGAUCUGGUUGUCAUAAACAGCCUGACCGAGCAGAUAUUUGUCAAUGGGUUGGGAAUAUUGAAAAUGAAUGCCUGGAUAGGGCUGAUGGACCAGGCUACUGAAGGGACCUGGACGUGGGUGGACGGGACGCCAUUCACUACAGCGUACUGGCAGAAAGGGCAGCCGAAUAGCUACCAUGGAAACCAGGACUGUGGAGAAAUGAUCCACGAAGCAUUCGGAGAAGUGGGGGAGUGGAACGAUGACGGAUGUGACGCCGAGCAGUUCUCGAUUUGUGAGAAAUAG